AUGCCUAUUGAACUGCUGGUCGAGGGCUUCGGCAGAGAUUUCCUAAAGAUCCCCUAUAUCUGGACAGUCGCAAAGGGCGCAGCAAUAGCAGGUAUUAUCGCUUUGCUGAAACUGUAUUUUGGCGGAGCGAAAUGUCGAUCAGAACGACUGAUGCAUGGGAAGGUGGUGAUGGUCACGGGAGGAACAUCAGGGAUAGGAGCCGCCGUCGUGCAAGAACUGGCGAGGAGAGGAGCCCAGAUCAUCCUCCUGACCCAUCAUCCCCCCUCGGACCCUUUCCUCGUGGACUACAUUGAAGAUGUGCGGACUAUCACGAAUAAUGAAUUGAUAUAUGCCGAACAAGUCGACCUCUCUUCGUUACAUUCAAUACGGCUCUUUGCCACGAAAUGGGUGGAUAACGCACCUCCGAGAAGAUUGGACAUGGUCAUUCUCUGUGCCAAUGUAAUGACUCCUUACUUCGGCACGCCUCAAGAGACAAUAGAUGGGCUGGAGGCCGAGUGGAUGAUCAACUUCCUCAGCACAUUUCAUCUACUCAGUAUUCUGUCUCCCGCCAUUCGUGCCCAGCCUCCAGACCGAGACGUGAGGAUUUUGUUCAGCACAUGCAGCAGCUAUAUCGGCGGAAAGUUGGACUUUGAAGCCACGGAUAAAGCCUCCAGAGCCGGAAGUGCUUCGUACGGCCGAAGCAAAUUAGCAGUCAUGACCUUUGCACAUGCAUUCCAGAAACACCUCGACGCCUAUAAAAGACCAGACAAACAACCAAACAAUGCUCGAGCCCUGAUCAUCGAUCCUGGUUAUUGCCGCACACCGGGCACCCGCCGUUGGCUGUCAGGAGGUCUAAUAUGGGGUCUUUUGCUUUACCUAAUCACCUGGCCGUUAUGGUGGCUCAUUCUCAAAUCCCCGAUACAGGGCGCCCAGAGUUAUCUUCUCGCCGCCAUGGACGCCGAGUAUGGUCGAGGUGCAGGCGGGAAGAUGAUCAAAGAGUGCAGGCAGUACGAGCCUUUGAGACCAGAAGUCAAAAACGAGGAAGUCGCAAAGAAGCUGUGGGAGUUUAGUGAAAAGCAGAUCGAGCACCUGGAGAAAAUAGGUGCUAAGAAGAGGGCUGCAGCAAAGAAGGAGACAGAACAGAACAAAAACACCGAAAAACCAGUUGCAGCAAACGGUGCAUCCUCGUCCUCUGACAAAAAAGCCGAGCCGGUACCGGGUUCCAGGAGAAGUCGGAAAGCAGCAAAAUGA